AUUUCAACUUAGAAUCGGACAAAAAAAGAAUCAAGUUUUCCUAUCGCAAAAAAGCACUUCUAUCCAAUUCUGGCCUUAAUUACAAGCAAGGAGAUCAUGUUGUAGAUGGAAUUGUAUAUAGUUCCUUUGGGAAUCGGGAAAAUAAUACAUUAGAUGAGUUAUCAUUUGAGGAUGCAUUUCAAAAUGGAGCUGAUAACGAUGUUAGAAAUCAUUCAAAACCUGAAAUCGAAUCAAAAUAUACUUUUAACAAACAGAAAGAAUCUGGAGUUAUGACGGAAUAUUUAAUAGCAAAUAAAGAUCCACGAUCCGAACGUCUACUUAAGAAGGUGUUCAGUACGAUGAAUGAUGAUUUGUACCAUAAGUUUUUUACAAGGAUUAAAUACUUUGAAAUUAAAAAUCGCAUGACUUUCAAGCAGUUGCCACCUCAAGGGAAAUGGAAGUUGUUAAUAUCAACAAUGAAGGAGCUUGGCUACGAACAGAAGUUACCAAAAGUUAUUAAUAUUGGCUCGAAAAAGAGCGGCACGAAUGCAUUUGGGUUUUUCUUUCAACAGCAUCCGGAAGUCUGCCACUCACUAGGCAAUGAAGUUCACUAUUUUGAUUGGAAUCAUGAAAAGGGUACUGGGUACUAUAAAUCGAGGAUGGGAUUUGCUACAAAAGACCAAAUUAGUUUUGAGAAAACACCACGUUAUUUUGUAACUGAAGACGCGCCUUUAUUUAUACAGAAAGAACUUCCAGAAGACAUUAAAUUUGUAUUAUGCGUCAGAGACCCAGUACAACGAGCCAUCUCAGAUUUUCGCCAUGAAUCUGAGCUGCAAGAGCGAAGAAAAUUUAAAGGCAGGGUAGAUCGUACAAAAUAUUUGUCUCAAAACGGGAUAAUGCAAGGGCGUGAAUUUGAAAAAUUGGUGUUGACUCCGAACGGGGAGGUCAAUGCGUCAAAUGAGAUCAUUCGGACAAGUCUUUAUUUUACACAUUUUCAAAACUGGUUGAAAUAUUAUCCGAGGGAUCGGUUCUUAGUUAUUAAUCACGAUAACCUUCAGAAUGAUGUGUUAACGGAACUGAAGCGAGCAGAACAGUUCUUAGGUUUAAAGUCGUAUUUUAGAGCGGAUAUGUUUUAUUUUGAUGAAAGUAGGCAUGGAUCCUGCAUGAAAGGUAAACCUCGGCCAUGUCCCGCAAAGAGCACGCCCGGUUUCCUACCCAAAGCGCAGUUAAACCCUCAGUUACAAAAGAAGUUAUACGAUUUUUAUAGGCCAUACAACAAUGCAUUUGCGAAACUAAUUGGAAAGAGAUUUGCAUGGAUGAAUCAAUGAUAAUUGAUAUUCUGAGAUUGUACAGUAGAUAGGAAAGAAAACAUUAAUGGAUUUGAUAACCUUCAACCGUACUCUAACGUAAUUUGACCUAUCCUAGUUGAGUCAUCAAAUGCAUUGCCAACACAGAAAGCUGCUAGAUAAGACCUGUCCUAGAAAGUUUACUAAAAAGUCAGAACAAUCUGAUAAUACCAG